GUUAUGAACUGCGUUAAUAGAGUGCCAUCGUCCAUCCGUGGGACAUUGCGUUAAAAGAAGGCGUCUUGUGAUGUAUUCUGGUCCAAAAGGGAUGCAUGUCGUGCACACUGGCCUCAAGUGUACAUUGUUCGCGCGAGUCCCCAGUGCCAUACAGAAUGGUAAUAGGCACAGUGUUGUUCUUCCUGCUCCACACGUGUCUUGGAUUCAUGAUUGAGAAAACAUACACGUUGAAUUUUGCAAAACGCGAUGCUGUACCAACGAAAACGUACAAAGUAGGAGAUUCGCUGCGUCUUGAGUACGUGCUUGAAACGAGCUCGGACACGGACAUCCGCUGCGUCAAGGAUGACAUAGUGCGCCGCGUUCAGGAGGUUGUCGUCCCCAUGGGACUCCGCUACUACAAGAUCAGCAACACCGUACUGCUCGAAAACAUGAAAGUCAACGACAGCGGUCAGUAUGCCUGCAUAGCUCUUAUGAGAGGUACCAACAGGAGUCGAGCACUCUUCUGGAACGUCUCGGUUGUCCCUGUCCUCAAGAAAUGCACGAGUGACUGGAGAUGCAAUUCGGCAGUACUCCCAACUGAAUGCAGUUCUGCAUGCAGAUGCCCGAACAUUAUGUACUCAUCGGGCAAUAUCUGGAGAUGCAGUGCUUCAAAAGGAACUGCAAACCUGAACAUUUCGAACCGUUAUGGCGAAAGCUACCAACACGGAGACCGGAUACUACUGGAGAAAAACGACAAUCUAGUUCUCACGUACGAGUUCGUCGUUGAUAUGGACGUUGUCGUCACAGAACGGCUACGGGGCGUUGAAAGCAGCAGCACGGUUACCCUGCCACCAAACUCUACUCAGUACAAAGAAAGGAGGACAGUUGUGCUUUGGAACGUCACAAGAAGUAACACUGUGCUUGUCAGGAUCACUCUGAAAAGCCACCCGGUUGUUUCGAAUGAAAUUAUAUUGCCAGUUGUGGUCAUUCCCGUUACAGCACUUGGUAUGGAAUGCAUGGAUGAUACUGACUGUGUUGAACUGAAUGCGCAAUGUUUGGACAGACAAUGCCGCUGUUCUUUCUCAAGUAACGUGAAUGGCUCGUGCGCUAAAUCUUGCAGGAAUACAUCAGAUUGCAAGGCACACACGGGCACACUUUGUAACAAUAGUUUUUGCGUGUGUCCCGAAGGGAUGGUCUUGUUUGAUGGGAAGUGCUAUCCACGAGAUUGCGAAAGUCACUACGAGUGUUCUAGAAUUAUAACGAACACUGUCUGCUAUAAGGGAAGCUGCAUAUGUAAACAUGGCUUCCAAGAAAUCAACAAAGCUUGCAUGCCAAUAGUAUGUAGUCAGGACAUGCAUUGUCAAGACACAAGUAUGAGGUGCUACAAUACAUCGUGUACAUGUGGGCAGGACCUGGUCGAUCACAUGGGCAAAUGCAUUCUUCGGAACAUGGCAUGCAUCUCGUUUGCCGACUGCCCCGACGCAAAUAUGGUCUGCAUCAACAGGAGCUGUAUCUGCAGGAGUGGUUUUAUAGUACUCAACAAGAAGUGUGUUGAAGCAGUGAGACAAGCAGUCCUGAAGAAGAGCGAGUGUUUCUUUGACUCUGAUUGCGGAGGAAAUAAAGUCUGUCUGGAACAAGUCUGUGUCUGCAAGAAAGGGACAGAAAUGGUGUUGGGUUUCUGCGAAGAAGUGGGCCACGAUAUUGUCACAAUACAUCCAGACAUGAAGAAGAUCUUCAUUAUGGGCGCAGGAAUUGGAAUGUCAGUCACAAUCGCGGCGGCGUUUAUAGUUUGCAUCGCAUUAUUCGUCAAGAAGGAAGAAAUGGAACAUGCAAUAGUGUCCAACAAUGCCGAAGUCGUAAAUGUUAGCGAUGCCCAAUGGGUCACAGCUGAAGCUCCUAGAAAAUGUGGUCGGCAACCGAAUCCUCGCCAGUAUCGCUCGUCAACGGUCUUCCAUGCGAAGGCCUAGCACUUAAAAAAAAAGAAAAAGCUUCCUUGUAUUACGCUCUCUUGUGCUUCUUGUGACUCUUUCUAAAAAUCAUAAAAACAGAUAUGUCAACUGCCAGUCAAAUACCGUUUCCGAGAUACCCUUGACCUGUGG